AUGCAUUCCCAUCUGCACACCCCCUACAAUAUCAACUGCGAGGAAGUCAUGACAGCCCUCGACGAGUGCCACGCUCGCGGAUUCCUUUACAAAGCCGUCGGCAACUGCAACGACAUCAAGCGUGACGUGAACAAGUGUCUUUCCGCCGAGCGAUCCGACCGAGCCAAGCGCAAUCGUGACGACGCUCGAAACAAGCGUGCGCGUAUCGAGGAGAUUUGGGCUCGUGAGCGGGGACAAGAUCAGGCUGCUGCUGCUGCUGCUGCUGCUACCAGUGCCGGUGCCGGUGCCAGUGCGAGUUCGAGCGCAGAGAAACCCGCGGCUUCGCAAUGA